AUGGAGAAUAAAAGUAGUGAUUCGGAAGUUGACACUAUUAAAAUGGAACCUAAAACUACUUUAAAAGCAAGGGAUCCUUUGCAACAUACCAGCAUGUAUCAAAGAAAUGAAGAAGACAGUGAGGAUAGUGAUGGUGAAGGAGGCCUUGGAAAUGUUUCAAGGGCAGUUAUUAGGCCUGUGGGUCACAGUGGAAAAGCUAAAAGAGGUCAUCUUUGUUUUGAUGCAGCUUUUGAAACGGGAAAUCUGGGUAGAGUUGAUCUGGUGGCAGAAUUUGAAUAUGAUUUGUACGUACGUCCAGACACUUGCAGCCCAAGGUUUCGGUUCUGGUUUAAUUUUACAGUGGAUAAUGUUAGACAAGACCAACGUGUUAUUUUUAACAUAGUGAAUAUCAGUAAUAGAAAAAAUUUGUUUCGAGAUGGCAUGACACCUUUGGUUAAAUCUACAUCUAGACCAAAAUGGCAACGCAUUCCACCUGGCAGUGUGUUCUACUCAGGAAAAACUGCUGUCUCACUGGCAUUUGCUUUUGAUAAGGAAGAUGAAAUGUUUCAGUUUGCUGCUGGACCUCCAUAUAGUUAUUCUAGGUUGCGAGCUUGUUUAGGAUCACUAGAGUUGAAGGCACCACCCGAUAUUAUGAAAAGAACUUGUAUUGCUAAAAGUGUGCAAAAUCGUGAUGUAGAUAUGAUUGAAAUAGGAGAAAACAAAGCUCUAAGUAGUGAUCAAAAACAACGUGUAGUUGUGGUAUUAGCAAGAACCCAUGCAGGAGAAUCACCUUCGUCUUUUGUUGUUCAAGGAAUGUUGGAGUUUUUAAUUUCUACUCAUCCAAUAGCGCGCUGUAUGAGAGAUAAUAUAAAAUUUAUCAUAAUACCAAUGAUGAAUCCUGAUGGUGUGUUUUUAGGCAAUCAAAGAACUAAUUUAAUAGGCUUGGAUUUAAAUCGAACUUGGCACACAGCUGGUCGUUUUACACAUCCUAGUACAUAUGCAGUGACUGAGAUGCUGAAAAACAUUGAAAAUGAGAAUACAAAACUGGAUUUUGUUUUAGAUAUACAUGCACAUCCUGGAAGAUUAGGAACGUUUGUUUAUGGAAAUGCCUACGAGGACGUAUACAGAUUUGAGAGGCAUCUUGUUUUUGCUAAAUGUGGCCGAAGAAAAAUGGCGGAUUAUGCAGCUGAAAAUACAAUGUAUAACGCAGGUGACUCUCACAAACAAGGUACUGCCAGAAGGUUUUUGUGUUCAAUUUUACCAGAUCAUGUAAACAUUUACACAGUUCAUGUAUCUAUGUAUGGAUUUAAACCUGAGGGGUUUAAGAAACCCAUACCAUAUACUGAAGAAGAUUAUCUCAGACUUGGCGAACGAUUAGUAAAAACACUAUAUGAUUAUUAUACUUCUUUAGGGUUGAUGCCAAGUCUUAAAGAUACCAUACUGGAUGUAGCAAAUGCAAAGAACCAAAGAAAAUCGAGAUCGCGAAGGAAAAUUUCGAGUCGACGAGAGAAAAGCGAAAUGUUAUCACCAAAAGCACCACGUAGUCAGGCACCAUUGCACAAGCAUAAUCUUCUGGAUAUGUUGAUUAAUACAAGUCAAUCUUCAGAUGAACCUUUGUCACCUACCAGAAUGCAAUCUCAAGCUUGGUCCUCUGAUAAAAGAUUAAUCAAAAGUUUCAAAAGAACAAGCACUUGUGCAGGGACAAAUAAUAAUAUGUUAGGUGGUCUUCAUUCAUCUACGAAGACAGAUUUGAUUAAUGCAACUCAAGAAUGCAAAUCUGCAAAACAAAUUAUAAAUAUCAAUGCAAAACCUACAUUGUCUGUUAUUAAUGUUAAUCAAUUGACAAAGGGUGGACUAGAUAAAGCACGAAAACGAAUAUCCUAG